UUUGCUUUAAAUCUCUAUUUCAGACACGCAUCGCCAAUUAUUUUAUAAACGAACGAGGAAGUUAUAUUCAGCCGGAUUCCUUGAAAUCAAACUUGUACAUAUUGGGGACAAUCUAAACAUGGCUGGAAACUCGUUAUUAGUCGCUGCAAUUGACUUCGGAACUACAUACUCUGGCUGGGCUUUUUCCUUCAAACAUGAGUUUGAAAGGGACGCUACCAAAGUAUCUGCGAAGAACUGGAGCGGGGGACAGCUGGUAUCACUCAAAGGACCCACAUGUGCGUUGAUAAAAUCAGACAAACAAACGCUUGACAGUUUCGGAUAUGAAGCCGAGAGUAAAUAUGCUGAUCUAGCAACAGAUGGAGAGCACGAGCCCUGGUUCUUCUUUAAACGAUUCAAAAUGAAGCUUUUUGGACAGGGAUUUGGAAGAAAUCUCAUGUUGGAAGAUGCCAGUGGUAAAAAAUUAUUGGCUAAAACGGUAUUCUCGUUGUGCAUCAAAUAUCUGAAAGACGACCUUAUAAAGCUGUCGGAAAGUCGUAUUGCUGGAGGUGGACUCCGGGAUGAAGAUAUACACUGGGUUCUCACUGUUCCAGCCAUCUGGAACGAUGCAGCCAAACAGUUUAUGAGGGAAGCGGCACAGGAGGCUGGGAUUUUAGAAGACAAGCUGACCAUUGCCUUAGAACCGGAAGCAGCCAGCUUAUACUGUCGCCAUCUGCCGGUAGAAAAGUGUGGCAGUGAUAAAACAUCACUAUCAAAGUUUGGUUCCGGCAAAAGAUACCUUGUUUUAGAUGCUGGAGGUGGAACUGUGGACAUCACUGUACAUGAAGUCAUGAGUGGUGGCAACCUUAAAGAACUUGACAAGGCUAGCGGAGGAGCAUGGGGAGGAGUACAAGUUGAUGACGCUUUCUUUCAAUUCCUGUCAGAAAUUCAGGUAUGUUCUCUCGUGAUGACAAAAUUCAAAGACAUGCAUAUGGAAGAUUACAUUGACUUGUUUCGAGACUUUGAGGUUAAGAAGCGUGAAAUUGGACCCAAAAAAGAUACUAAAGUUACAUUCAGGAUGCGAACAGCACUGGCUGACUUGGUGAAGGAUAUGAGGAAUGAAACAUUACAGGAAACAAUAAAGAAGACAAAGUAUUCGAAUCAGGUGAAGCUAGUGGGAGACAAAUUGCGAGUGGAUCCUGCUGUCGUUAAAGGAUUCUUUGAGCCGUCAGUAAACAGCAUAGUAAAACACGUGAAGGGUUUGCUACGAGAAAUUACCAACAGCGGGGUAGAAGCUGUCCUCAUGGUAGGCGGAUUUUCUGAAUCACCGAUGUUACAAGAAUCGGUUAGGAAUAAUUUUCCGGGCUUACGAAUAAUCGUCCCUGAUGAAGCAGGACUAGCUGUUCUCAAGGGGGCGGUUAUUUUUGGCCAUAGUCCAGCUACCAUCUCCCAACGAGUCAGCAAGUAUACUUAUGGAACAGACAUCGCCGAAGAUUUUGAUCAAACCAAACAUGCUAUCUCGAGAAUGUCAAUAGCAUCCGAUGGUUCACAAAGAUGUACGAAUGUUUUCUCUAAACUUGCAGAAGCUGGACAAACAUUGGUGGUAGGAGAACCUCAGGACGAAAAAACGUACACCACUCUCUUAGAGGACCAAACCGCAAUGGGUAUGAAUAUCUAUGCUUCGACGUAUAAGAAUCCAGGUUUCAUAGAUGAUGUUGGUUGCCAAAAGAUUGACACAUUCUCUGUUCCUGUUUCUGGUAGAGGUAAAGGUCGGGCGGUUACCGUGAAGACGAUUUUUGGCGGAACUGAAAUUGAUGUUGAGUGCAAAGAGGUUGCAACAGGAAAUAUCACACACCUGAAAGUUGAUUUCCUGUCAUAGACAGAGCGAGUAAAGAGGUGUGCAUUACUGUUGUGUCAGACACGGCGUUCUUUACACAACACGCUAUUGCACACUACAAUGAUUAAAAAAAUCAAAAUUUGGAACGAUUGGAUUACAUUUUGAUUAUACCAUCAUGUACACAUUUAAGUAUUGCUUUGUUGUUCUUAUGCAGCACUUCAUAUCGAUGGAAAAUGUACACAUAUACACUAGAAUAUAUUGAUUGGUGUGAUGCUUAAAUAUCAUAUCAUCGUCACAAUCGAAAGAAAAUGUUUUCAGCCUAGAUGCUUUCGUUAUAAUUUGUUGCAGAUAUAGAGUAUUUGAAAUUGUUGCUAACAGUGUUAUGUGUAUAUAGAUUGUGAUACAAAAAGUCUAUUGGCAGUGUCACAGAUAUGCGGUGUUAUGAUGAAUUAUAUCAUUUUUUCUUGUGUUUUAACGAAAUGUGAACAUACAAUUUGUACAUAGAAAAGUAUUACAGGGUGAAGGUGAAUUAUUUCUUUAGAGAGAUAACCGGAAGUACAGAUUAAGGCGCAUUCUAUACAUAGUAUGUUUAAUCAAAAUUAUUUGCAAACAAUUUUUUGAGAAAACUUAAGUGUGAAACAUUGAAUUACAUGCUUUAAUAAAAUGUUCAUAGAUAUGUAAUAUUGUAAAUAAAAUGCAAUGCAA